GUCUCAUGUUUACGUGGAAAACAUGGCGGCGGACUGUCUAUGCUACCGACAAGGAGACAGCACCACCUAGUAAAUGCGACUGGCAUCGAGCUGGAAGACAGACAAGAGACAUAUUUAAUCGUUAGUUUUUAGAUUUUUCUCGCUGAUAUUUCGCAUGAAGCAGUUUCCCUCUUGUUUCAGCCACAGGGACCGCGGUGAUGGAAGACGAGGAGAGGCAAAAGAAGCUGGAGGCCGGCAAAGCAAAGUUGGCUGAGUACCGCCAGAGAAAAGCUCACGCUGACUCCCAGAAGAAACAGAAAAAGAAGAAGAAAAAGAAGCCGGGAGAAGACUCUGAGGGGGAUUCACAGGGAAGGGUGGAGGUCGAGCCGGGCCAGUCUGUGGGAGGAGAGGAGGUCUCAGGCCGAGGAAGAGAUGGAUCACAAGAAGGAAAUAAAGACCCAUCAACCACAGAGUUCACCUACGCCAGGACGCUGCGGAGUGGAGAGACUGUCAAGCAUGACCAGACCUACACCAUAGAGCCGGAAAGUGAAGUGUCCACUACUGCUGAAGAUUAUUCCACAGAGGUAAAUGGGUGCCAUGAUGAAAUGACAGAGAACCUAAGGAUGCCUUCGAAGGAUUUUAUUUGGGAGGAGGGGGAGCCCCUUCAACAGGUGACAAAGGGAGGUACGAUGGAGGAUGCACUCGCUGCCAAGACCCAGGCAGUGGAGGAGCUGAGUCGAGAGCUUGAAGAAAUCAGGGCUGCCUUUGGCACAGAGGGAGUGCAGCAGCUGCAGGACUUUGAGGCUGCUCUGAAGCAGCGAGAUUGCAUCAUCACCCAGCUCACCGCUAACCUUCAGCAGGCUCGUGAAGAGAAAGACGAGAUCAUGAAAGAAUUCCUGGAACUGACAGAGCAAAGCCAAAAACUACAUAUUCAGUUCCAGCAGCUGCAGGCGGGUGAGACGCUGAGGAACACCAGCCACAGCAGCACAGCAGCUGAUCUUCUGCAGGCCAGGCAGCAGCUCAUGCAGUACCAACCGCAGCUGGAGGAGCUCCAGCACAAGCUCAGUGAGAUGGAGAUGUCAGGGAGAAGAUCAGAAGAAUCAUUCACACAAAGGAUAAAUGAAAAGGACCUGCUAAUUGCAGAACAAGAAAAAGUUAUUUUGAGUCAGAAGCAGUCCCUGAUGGAGUUAAGGAUGGCGGAGGAGUCUUUUGCACAAACACUGAAAGAGAAAAAUCUGUUCAUUUCCGAGCAAACUGCAAUAAUAACCGAACAUGAGCUGUCAUUAUCUCUGCUCAGAGAGGAACUUGCUCAUGUAGGACGGACUACUGAUGAAAAUAUUAUAGACCCGUCCGAUGAGAAAGACCUGAUUAUAGCAGAGCAAGAGAGAGUCCUUUCAGAACGCGACUGCUCUCUUACUCAGCUCGAGGAUGAGCUGGAAUCUUCCGAAAAAAGCUUGAGUGACCUCCAACAGCGAAUGGCUGCAAAAGAGUCAGAGCUUGAAAGAUGCAUGGAUGAGUUGGAUAGCAGUAAGUCUCACUUAGAAAGCUGUAAAGGCGAACUAGAGAGUUGUAAAUUAGAAUUGGAGAGAGAGCGAGUGGAGUUAGAAAGCUGUAAGGGGGAACUUGCAACCUCCAGACAGAAAGAGCGGAUGUCAUCUAAUGAAAUUAUGCAGCUCAUGGGCACAGUAGAGGACCUGCAAAAGCGUUAUCACCAGGGCAGCCUGUCUGAGAGUGACACCAUCCAACAAAUGCAAGAAGAGACUGUGCGGAAGCUCGAACUUCUCACGGCAGAGCUGGAUGAGAUGUACGGUAAGCAAAUAGUCCAGAUGAAGCAUGAGGUUAAUUUGCAGCAUGCAGCGAAAGUGGAGCAAAUGACCGAGCAACAUCGCGCUGAGCUUGAGCUUCUAAAAGCACAACAACUGUCUCAAAGCUCCGCUGUUGGUGUUGAGGUGGACACACUCAAUAAUAAGAUUAGGGAGCUUCAAGAGACAUUAGAGCAAUCCCAAGCAAUGCACGAUAAAACCAGGCGUGAGCUUAGCCAAGUCAACCAAGAGAAGUUCAACUUGCAGGCCAAGGUUGAGGAUCUCCUCAAAGAUCUCCGUUCUGCUAAAGAAAAAGUGGAGCAGGUCUCCCACAGUCUUAUCUCUCAGGAAAGCCAAAAAGGGGAACUGCAGCGCCUCCAGGAGACAAUUGACAAUCUGAAGAGCGAGCUGGCUGCUGCUCAGGAAGCGGCACAGGAAGUAGAAAUAAAACACGAUUCAGAAAUAACCAAUUACAAGAUUAAGUUGGAUAUGCUGGAGAGGGAGAAAGAUGCUGUGCUUGACCGCAUGGCGGAGUCACAGGAAGCAGAGCUGGAACGACUAAGGACUCAGCUUCUGUUUAGCCAUGAGGAAGAGCUAACCCUUCUUAGGGAAGAAUUGCAAAGGGAGAGCUUCCGGCACACAGAAAACCUUCUCAAUGAAGCCGCUAUCAAACACGAGAAAGUGCUGGAUGAGCUGCGCAUUGGUUUUGAAGAAGAGCUGCGUUUGUUACAAAGAGAGAAGGCAAGUUUUGCCACAGAGCGAGAUGAGCUUUUUCACCAAAUUCUUGGACUAAAGGAAGAUCUAAAUCUUGCUUUGCACAGCUCCAAAGCAGAUGAGCUUGUCCAGCAGCUUCAAGAGCUUCAGGUAGAGCUUGAGGAACUGAGAAAGGGAGGAGAAGAACGAGCUCGAAUGGAAAACAAUAUUCAAUCAUUACUAAAAAAGACAGAGGUGCUUGAAAACCAGACAAAAGAGAAAGAACAAUGUUGGGAAAACAAAUGGAAGGAGCAGGAAUUGGAAAAAGGGACAUUGAUAGAAUCUAAUAACACUUUGAAAGAAGAGUUGGACUCCAAAAUUCUGAAAAUUGAGACACUCACAGCAGAGAACAAUCAAAUGCAGCAACAAGUAGUUAAGCUUCAUGAGGAAAUUGAAAAGCAGAGGACUACUUUCUCUUUUGCUGAGAAGAAUUUCGAGGUAAACUAUCAAGAGCUGAAGGAGGAGUACACAUGUCUUAUUGAGGCGAAGACACAGUUAGAAGAGAGAACCCUGAAGGAGACACUUGAGUUCGAGGCAAAAAUCACCAGCCUUCAGUCACAGAUUCGGGAGCUGAAGGAGAGCAGCAGAGAUAUCAAAUUGGAGGACACAAAUACAGAUAGAUGGGAGAACACUGUGAAAGAAAAAGAUACGACUGAGCUAAUGGAGAAACUUAAUGUUACUUUGAGUGAGAAGGAAAGCCUGGCUGGGAGGCUUUCCGAAGUUACAGAGCAACUGAUGUUAACAGAGAGCAAAGUGGGGCAGCUGGAAGAAGAGCUGACGAAAGUGAGACAAGUAAAUGUGAAGGUCAUCGCACAGAACGAAAGCCUAGGAAAAGAACUGGAAAAGAAGCAAGAGAUUAUGAGAAAGCAGUCCAGGGGGCAUGGUGCCCAGAGAAAAGCUAAGCUCCAGCAAGAAGAACAAGCCGUUGAGCCAGUUUGUUCUUUUGAGGAUCAUCACCUUCAGAUUCAAUCUUUGCAAGAGGAGAUAAAGGCUCUUCAGUCCUUCUUGCAGGCAGCUGAAUCCGAGAGAGACUGCUUUCGCCAAAACCUGGAGCUCCAGAGGCUUUCACAGACUCAAUCUCCAGCGGCAGUCCAAUCCUCGGGGGAGGGACCUGUUGAGGAAAGAUCCUCCCUGCACAAGCCCACAGCCUCAGGGUCAAGCAGGCGCAAGAGACGGCAGAGGUCCAAGCAGGAGCGCAAACUGGGCACCGUUCUUUCAGACUGCAGAGAAGAAAAACAAAGGGAGGAGGAAGACGAGGCAGUGGGGGAGGAAGAGAGAGCAACAAGUGCUGCAGAGCAGGAGAUGCAGCCUCCGAUGGAGAGCCAGGUUAUGUCAUGUUCACAAGAGAGGGCCGGUAAGGAGGACUCCACUGAUGGGUACUCGGGAGACGGAGGGAAAGACUAUAUCAACAAACAGGUGAGAGGACACGGGACGGGCCACCACACGGAGUCUGCCGUGUGUCAGAGAGCAGAGGAAGAGGGAGAGACUACUGAACAUGGUGAGUGCAGGCUGCACAUGGAGGCCCAGCACAUCAGCCUGUCUCAGAUCCACGCCGCCCAGCUCGAGCUGCUGCAGGAGGAUUCGGACGCUCGCACACACACUCUGGAGCUGAAACUGCAGAACCUGAAAGAUCACGAUGAGCCAAAAGUCUUCAAAUAUCACAACAUGUUACAAGCUGUGUCAGAAGAAUGUAGUGAGAUCAUUCAGUGUUUUCAAAAGAUGUUUGGUGAAGAAUUUUUGGAGAGUCCUGCUGCAGAAGGCGGGCCUCCCCCUUCAGUGGACAGACCAGAAACUAGUGAAUCCACCUCUAUCCUACUGGAGGCCAGAGAGCUCUACAUAGAUCUUCAGCAGGUGAGAGAGAGGAUUGAGCAGGAACAUUAUCGACUGUCACAGCUCCAGACUCUGCUGAGGGCUGAUGGGAACAAGAUGAGGGAGCUGCAGCUGGCAUAUGAUGACCUGAAGAGCAGCAGUGAGAAGGAGAUCUCUGACCUGCGUGUGCAAGUUUCCAGCUCAAACUCUUCUACAAGCAAAGAUCUGGAGGAGCGGGCUGGUGCACCAUCUACCUUCCUUACCAAGGAAUUACAGAGGCUGAAGACUGAAGAGCAAGAGAAGCAGCUCCAGCUGGAGGAGAGUCACAGGCAAGAGAUGGAGCGUCUCCGAGCUCACUACCAGCAGCAGGCCACUGAGAGUGAGGAGCGAUACGCCAUCGAGCUCUUCAUGCUGCAUCAGCGCCUGCAGGAGGUCACAGGCACUCAGACCCACUACAGGGGGGAGGAGCACGGAGAUGAACUAAAGGACCUGGGUGAGGAGGAACUGUCAGAGGGAGGUGUGGAGUUACGCUGGCCUGUCAGGUCUGCAGGCCUGACAGCACAGCUGCAGGCGCUGAGGAAAGCUCUCUACCACAAAUAUGUCCAAGAAGUAGCCGCUCUUAAAGAGCAGCACAACAGAGAGCUGAGGAGACUUACAGAAGAAAAGGAACAGCAGAAGAUAACAGAAGAGCGUCAAGAGAGGAAAGGAGAGAAAGAGCAGAAUCUCCAUGGUAUAAGCGGCGCUGGAGACUCCAGUGAGAGCCUCAGGGCAGCUGGGCAGCUUGUGCUGGAAGACAGACAACAUUGGGAGAGAGUGGAGGAAGAAGUUGCCAAGGCCAUAGUUCAGAUGUCAGUGGAGUUUGCACAGCAGAUUGAACUGGCUCGAAUCAACAAGAGUGCCUGCCAGAGGAGCGCCUCCAUGCAGACCUGGUCCGAUAAAGAGGAGGUGGAGGAGAUGGAGAACGAGGAGCAGAUGACUCCCAGAGCUUCUCUCACCUCGGGCGCCUGGCUGGAGGAAGUGGAGAAGGAGAGACUGGAGAGAGAGCUGGAGGAGAGGAAUGCAGAGAUCAGAAAGUUAAAAGAGGAGCUGCAGAAAACGGAAUCAGGACAUGAGCAGGCAUUAAAAAAGAGAGAAAACAGCCAAGAAGAAGUUGAGGAAGAGGAAGAUCCCGGCGGGCCGGGAAUAAAGCAGGCUGGUAGAGGCAAACUGUCAUCACAAGAUAAUGGAGAAUCCUCCGAUGAGGACACUGAAAGAAACGUCCUGCGUAAGGCCAACGAGAAACUUAGUCAGGUGCUGGUUGACGUCCUGAAGACUACUGCAGCGGCGGAGGAAACUAUGGGCCUCCACAUGCAGAGUCUAUGUGAUGCUUCCAGUCAAGGGCAGCAGGCAGCAACGCCCCAUUCUACCACAGAGAGCGCCAACACCGAGCCCGUCAGACCUUAUGCUGCAGGUCACUCUGCAGAAAGUUGCCAUGGCAGCGAGACCGCCACAGACAAUUUGAGUCUGUGGUCCAGGGAGACUGAGGCUGACGAGGGUCUGGAGGUGUCCCAGCAGAUGAUGGACAACCUGCUGCAUGGGGCGGGGACACAGCUGGAGAAUGAGGAGCUUCUGAUGGGCAUAAGCAGACGUCUCCAAACUGCUCUGGAGAAGAUGUUGAUGGCCAUCAACGACACCACCAACCAGCUUGAACAUGCCAGGAUGACCCAGACUGAGCUGAUGCGGGAGUCCUUCCGCCACAACCAGGAGAUGAACGAACUGCUUCAGAAGCAGGAGGAGCUGCAGGAACGGUUGUCCGAGGAAGCCCGGGCACGGGAGCAGCUGGCUCUGGAACUUCACCGGGCUGAGGGUCUGAUUGAUGGCUACACGGGUGAACGGGCUGCACUGGAGGAGCAGUUACGUCACAAGGAAGAGCUUCAUCUGACCCUCGAGCAAGAGCUGCAGGUAACAGGAAGCCGGCUGCAAGAGCUGGAACACGAGAGGCUUCAGAUGCAGGAGGAGCGGGAGCUGCUGUCACGGCAACAAGACGCCAUGAGGGAGCACGCCGGGCCCCGUGAGCUUCGCCUAGUUGAAGCUGCAAUGGUUGCAGCACCUGAAGCAGACCUUCUGGAGGAGACGGAAAAGCUGAUGAAGGAGAAGGUGGAGGUACAGCGUCAGGCCGAAAAGGAGAAUGCCGACCUCCUGAAGCAGGUGAAGCUGCUGGAGGUGGAGCUGGAGGAGCAGGUCAACCGGGUGAUCGAGUUGGAGCACGCUCAGAGCACAGAGAGCGGAGACCUCCGACAACAGGUCCAAGCUCUGGAGAAACAGAUGGAGAAGAACAGGAGGUUCCUCGAUGAACAAGCUGUGGACCGAGAACACGAGAGGGAUUUCUUCCAGCAGGAGAUCCAGAAACUUGAACAACAGCUGAAGAAUCCACAGAAGCUUCAGGCUGGCUCUGAGCAAAGAAACCGAGAGGUGGACCAGCUGACCUCGCAGCUAAAGGAGAAGGCGGAUUGGUGCAGUGAGCUGCUGCUCAGCUCAGAGCAGCUGCGUCGUGAGUUGGGAGAGCGCGACGAAGAGAUUGACAAGCUGGAGAGCCGCAUCCGCGAGCUGGAGCAGGCCCUGCUGGCCAGCGCUGACUCCCUGGAGAAGAUUGAACAAAAGAAGCAGAAUGCAUCCAUCACAGAGGCAAAACACUCCACACUGGAGGCUCAGUUACAGACGGAGAGAGAAGCUCUGGAGCGGAAAGAGAAAGAGAUCGGUAACCUGGAAGAGCAGCUGGAGCAGUUCAGAGAAGAGCUGGAGAACAAGAGCGAGGAGGUGCAGCAGCUUCACAUGCAGCUGCAGAUCCAGAGGAAGGAGAUCAGCAGCCAGCAGCAAUACCUAGAAACCAGGGAUAGCAUGCUCCAGGUGAUGGAGGAGAAGGACAGGGAAAUAGCACUUCUUAAUGCACAGAUCACUAAGCUCCAACACAUGGAAACAGCCUCUGAUAACAAGGAGAUUGAUGGGAGGGAUGAGCUGAUUAAAGACCUGGAGUCCCAGGUGGAGUGCCUGCAGAGCGAACAAGAAACCUUAAAGAGGAAUAAAGAGGAGGAGCUUGACCAGCUAAAUGCAGUCAUAGACAGACUUCAGCAAGAACUGGCCAAUAUCGAGCAGAAGCAGGCUACAGAGGAAGACGAGGACACCAAGCCUGAGCCAGAGAGUGCUAUGUGGAGGCCAAGUAAAGAGGAAUAUGAUGAAAUGAAGCAAAGAAUGGACCUAGCCACCAAAGAGGUCAAUACACUCAAAGCCGAGCACAGUAAGCUGUUGGAGACAUACCUGCGCUUGAAAGAGAGCGCAGAAGCUUUAGCUGAUACAGAAAAACUGGAGAGCUCAGAAGGUGAACUUGAAGAAGCUCUCAGAGAGAAAACUGCAGGCUUUGUAGUCAUGCAGGCCCAAGUACAAGCUUUAGAGCAGAGUGCAACAUCCAGAGUGGAGGAGUUGGACCUCCGCAUCCAGGAGCUCGAGGACGUGGUCGAUGAAAAGGACUGUGAAUUAAGCCGCUGUCGUCUCCUUGUGGAGCAAACACAAAGCUCUUCAGAUGGUCUCCAACAAAGGGUCUCUAAUCUAGAGGACAAUCUGAGGGAGAAACUGGCUGCAGCGCUUGUCAGCCAGGCCACACUGGAGGCCUUCCAGCAACAGCAUUCACAAGGAUCCAAAGAAGACCAGGAGCAGCAGGGGCAUGCUGAGCCACAGGUGGAGCCACAUGUCUAUGACUUUGGUGACUUUGGUAUUCCCCAAAUGGAUUUCAGUGGAAUCGGCCAAGCGAGACCAGUCCCAACAGGGAAUGUGGUCCAUCUGACCCAGAGGCUCCGGGAGCUGGAGGUGGGACUCAGUGGGAUGCAGAAAGACCAGGAGCUCCAGAAGCAGCUGCUCUCCAGCUCUGAGGAGGAGGUGCUGGAGUACGAGAGGAGGCUGGCCGUGCUCAUGGAUCUGCUCAGUCAGAUGAAGGCCAGGACACACCAGAGGACAUCACUGGCUUUGGGGGGGUCCUCUGCUGCUGAGAGGCCGGCUGCUGCGUCCGAGCUUCUCCAGGAGUUGCAGGAGGUCAGAGACGAGGCCUCGGCCACCAAAGAGCAGCUCAGCAGCUACAAGGAGAGCUGCAGCAGACUCCAGGAGGAGCUCCAAGACAAAACGGUUACAAUAGAGAGACUACAGGACCAACUUCAAAAGGUUUCAUCUGGAAGCCAUGAGGAUACUAAGGUGUCUGAGCUACAACAGGAGUUAAAGAAGGCUCAAAAUGAGGCAGCUGCGGCCAAAGAGGAGUUGAACAGCUGCAAGGAGAGCUUGGAGAAGCUCCAGGAGCUGCUGCAGGAGCGGGAAAUGGCCAUUGCUCACCUUAAAGGAGAACUUUUAAAGCUAAAACCGAGUGGAAUGGAGUCGGUUUUUCCACCAGCACGGAAAGAGCUCACGCUCAGGCAGCAUAAUGAGAAACUUCAGGAGGACCUCCAAGUCCGUGAAGUUUCCAUUUCGAAACUCAAAGAGGAGUUCCAGGGGAUGAGAAAGAAUAUGGAUACCACCAAAGAAGAGCUCACCAGCUACAGGCAGCACAAUGAGAAACUACAGAAGGAACUCCACGUCCGUGAGCUCUCCAUUUCUGAGCUUAAAGAGGAGCUCCAGGAGGUACGAACAGCCUUGAUGAAGACAGCGGAUUCUGGUCCUUCAUCUCCUUCUCCGUCUCCCUCUCCUCAGCCUCUCUCCACUACUGCUUCUUCCUCCUCCACCACCCAACCUAAAAGGAAAGGCGGCAAACAGCAGGCUGGUAAAGGAAGCAGUUCCAAAGAUAAACCAUCUCUCUCCAGGAAAAACUCUGCCACUUCCUGUCAGUCCUCCAACAAAUCUCACAGUGCUCGGCUAAACAGCAGCUCUGAGCAGCAACACGCGGCAGUAACACACUCGUUCACCCAGACCGAACCUUUCCAAAUGUCCGACCUCGGCCCGGAAAGUGAGUCUCCAACCAAAGACGAGAUGGAGGAGGUGAUCGGAGAGUUCCAAGAGAAGAUUGGACAGAUGCAGGAGCUCCAUGCGGCAGAAAUACUGGACAUGGAGGCUCGGCACAUUUCAGAGAGCGAGAGCCUUCGUAGGGACACACAGGUCCUGGAGGAUGAGUGUAAAGCCCUCAAGGCGGUCAUCGACAAACUGCGCUCCACAGAGGCGCCUUCUUUAAGACAAGACCGUCCUGCAUCACAGUUCAAAGAUGGCUACACAAGUGACAGCAGCUCAGACUACAGCCAGCGGACUGGAUUUGACUUCCCGAGCUUGCAGCAGGAGUUUCGGACGACUCCAGAGGGCGCCAGGAGAGAGACUGAUGAUCCACUGCCUGACCGGAUCAAGACGUUGCUCCGUGAGGUACACCAGGAGGGCAUGCAGGUUCUCUCUCUCUCAGAGCUCCCUCUCACUGAAGGCGAGCCGGGCAGCCAGUUCAACGUCCCAGGUUGGGUGAAGGAAAGAGAUGCUUUACUGGCGACUGUGGAGUCUCUCAAAGGCCUCAUCACCCAGAUACAGACACACAGAGAAACACAGACGUCAGGCGGUGUGGACUGGCGUGGUGAGCUGCUGGAUGCAGUGCGGCAGGUGUUUAUGAAGGAGCGCAGCGUGCUGAAGAGCGCCCUCUACAGCCAGUUGGACCUGCUGGACACCAGCGAUGCCAUCAUCCACCUCAAUCAGCUGGAGCACAGACUGGCUGAACAGGACGCCCAGCACAGAGAGGCGAUGGGUUUGCUCCACACUGCGGACAGGACCAGUCUCAUCUCUGAGAUGCGUCAGCUCCGUGGUCAACUAGAGCAACUUCAUCAAGGUGCCCAGCCUGCUGUGUCAGUAGGUGGUGAACGUAGUGUGAAAGAGCAAAGGGAAGGAGGAGGAGCUGAUGGAGCAGCGGAGGCUGACAGGCUGCUGGUGGAGGAGCUGAAGGGUGAACUGUCCCAGACUAAACUGGAGCUGGAGACAACGCUCAAGGCUCAGCAAAAACACCUCAAAGAGCUGGACACACUCAGGGCAGAGGUAUCGCAGAAGGCUGUUGAGGUGGACGCACUGAAUGAUCAUCUGACAGAGGAGAGGAAGAGAAGCAGAGAUCUUCAGUGGGCCAUGGAGAAGGAGAGGUGUCGAACUGUGAAAAAUGAGGAGAGUAAACGAGAAGAACUGGAGGACCUGCACCUCAGUCUGGAGGAGCAGAAGAGCCACGCGGCCCAGCUGAGCCUGACCCUGGAACAGGAGCGCCAGGCGUCCUCUCAGCUCUCCCAGCAGGCCGAGCAGGAGCAUCUCAGUCUCCACAGUCGCCUCCAGGAACUCCAGGUCCAGCUGGAGACAGAGCGAGCCAAGGCCCUGGAGAUGAGCACUGCGCUGGAGAGGGAGCGCCAGCUGCGGACGGGUGUGUCCUCUGACGGUGGUCCAUCUAGUGAGCAGCGAGUCGAGGAGGAUAGGACGGGGCUCAGCGAGGGAGAGAGUCUGCUGGAAAGACUGCAGAGGGAGCUGGAUGACAAACAUGCACAGGUGGUGCGUCUCCUCAGUCAGGUGGAGGCCCAGAAGCUUGAGGUGGUACGAAAAGAGGAGGAGCUGACUUUGGGGAGUCAGAGGUCGAGACGCGACCAGGAGGCGCUGCUGGAAGCCCGGGCCCAGCUGGAGAGCCUGGAAGCACGAAUGUCUGAGGCCCAGGAGCAGCUGCAAAGAGAGAUGGAGAAGAGGAAGAGUGUAGAAGAGGAGAAGGAGAGGCUGGAGGAGAGGUUGAAUCAGUUAGGAGAGGAGAGAGGAGGGAGGGAGGGGAGCGGACCUCUUCAGGCUGAUGGCCACAGUCAGGCUGGCUGGCACAGCAAGUCAACCGACCGCACCAAAGACUGGGUGUUCCAGCAGAAGAGCGCAAAUGGUCAGACAGCGGGCUCCGCUGGGUCCCCUAACCUGGAGGCGUCUCCAACAGGUCACACCAGCGGACCACACCAUGGUCCUUGGCGCACAGUCGACAAGAUCCUGGGCACACUCCACCUCAUUUCCUCCAAGAUCCGCGGCAUGGCGAACAAGACUACUGGCAGGCUGACUGCAGAGGUCGACAGUGAAGAGUUAUCCUGGGUGCAGUCCAAUGUUGACGAGGUCAUCACUAUGCUGCAGCAAUCCCCAGGUCUACCCUCCGUCCCCGAGAGUGUUUCCCUGCUGGCAGGAGGCUCCUCCAGCUCCUCCAACUCCCUGACGGAGCGGCUGCUGAGGCAGAACGCCGAGCUGACGGGUUUUGUCAGCCGGCUGACCGAAGAGAAGAAUGAUCUGAGGAACCACACGCUCCGCUUGGAAGAAGAGCUCCGACGCUACCGGCAGGCUGGACUGGGAUCAGGCGACAGUUUCAGCAGCAGGAAAGGAGUGUCGAAGGUGGACUCGGGGGUUAUGGUACUUUCCCAGGAGCGGGAGGCUUGGACGAGAGAGAAGGUCCGCCUGGAGAAGGCUUUACUUCUGGCCCAGGCCCAAGUGGCCCGACUUCGUGGGGAGAUCAGGACCGACGCGCUGCGAGAGAUGACUGGACCUGAGGCUGACAAUGCUGCGCUGAAGAGGAUGUAUGGAAAGUACUUGAGAUCAGAAAGCUUCCGCAAAGCACUGAUCUACCAGAAGAAGUAUCUGCUGUUACUGUUGGGCGGCUUCCAGGAGUGUGAGGAAGCCACACUGUCGCUCCUCUCCAGGAUGGGCGGCCGGCCGUCGCUGCCCAGCCUGGAGUCCCUCAGCCAGCGCCGCCGGGGACUGAUGCGCUUCCGCUCUGCUGUCCGAGUCUCUAUCGCCCUCUCCAGAAUGCGUUUUCUAGUGAAGCGAUGGCACAAGGCGACGGGGAUAAGCUCCACAUCCUCCUGCAGCGUCAACAAGAACGGCGCAGGACAGAUAUUAGAUACGGAGGUGAGAGACUCACCGUAUCUUCACCCGGGAAGCGUGGAGAUGUACAGAGAAAGAGGAAGUGGAGGAGUCUCCAGCGGCAGGGGCCGAAGUGGACGUGAAUCCCCUAGAUCGGCUGUCUCCUCCACACACCACAGGCUUCACAUGGCUGGAGACCACGGAGCUCUCACCUGUUCCCACCUGCAGAGCUACGACCCCGACCGAGCGCUCACUGACUACAUCUCCAGACUGGAGGCGCUGCAGAGGAGGCUGGGGAGUGUGACAUCAAGUGCUUCUUCAUAUACUCAACUGCACUUUGGCUUGAGAAGAUAGACGCUGUCAAGUUACUUUGGCUUGAAAAAACUCAGUUGCCUUUUCUUGUGCUGAGCGCUAUCAUUCUGGUGUGGACUGUAUCUUUCCAUGUGGACCAAAACACAUUUUUUUACUAGUGUACGACAUGUUUUAUUCAGGCUUUUUGUCCCCAGCACUUGAAAAACAGCUACGUUUGUAAAUGAAUCUGCCUCUUUGUUGUGGAUGAGCUACAAUCGUGUAUAUUUGUCUAAUGCUAAUUUAAGACCUUGUGAUUUAUUAAUUUAUAUGUUUGUGUUGUAUGGGCGGAGCGUUAGGUAGAGAAUGUUUGGGUUUAUAGUUAAGGAGGCUGCUACUGGAUAUUCUACACUACACUGUGUUUUGCUUAGGCCAGACUACAGAGGACAUUUGUAGAGAACGUAUUUUUGUAAAGCAUAGGAGCUUUAAAAUUUCUGGGUAUUUUGUCAAAAACUGAAAUAAACAUUAUUAUUUGAAAGA